CGUCGUGAAGAUGAACGCGGUAACGUUGCUGUGGUUGGGGUUGACGACGGUGAUCGCUGCUCCUCAGUACUUUGUACCAUCGCCCCCAGCGCCUCCUCAACCAACCUACGGCACCCCAGCACCUAUCCGACCAACUUACGGCACUCCAGCACCUACCCGACCAUCCUACGGCACCCCAGCACCUACCCGACCAACCUACGGAACCCCAGCACCUACCCGACCAACUUACGGCACCCCAGCACCUACCCGACCAACUUACGGCACCCCAGCACCUCCCCGACCAACUUACGGCACUCCAGCACCUACCCGACCAUCCUACGGCACCCCAGCACCUACCCGACCAUCCUACGGCACCCCAGUACCUCCCCGACCAACUUACGGCACCCCAGCACCUCCCCGACCAACUUACGGCACCCCAGCGCCUCCCCAACCAACGUAUGGAACCCCAGCACCUACCCGACCAUCCUACGGAACCCCAGCACCUCCCCAACCAUCCUACCGUCCCCCAGCACCUACCCGACCAACCUACGGCACCCCAGCACCUACCCGACCAUCCUACGGAACCCCAGUUCCACCAAUCUACGGCACUCCAGAAGCCGCGAAAUCCCAGGUUGAGAUCGUAACUGACGAGCGCGAGGGACCUGACGCGGAGGGAAACUACAGCUUCAACUUCGCGGGAGCUGACGGCACCAGUCGUCAGGAGCAGGGCGUCCCCCAGGGAGAGACUGGCGCCGUGGCUACCCAGGGAGGAUGGUCGUUCACCUUCCCCGACGGGACUCCGGGUCAGUUCACCUUCGUGGCCGACGCUAAUGGCUUCAAUGUGCAGUCCGACCUGCUGCCCGUGGGUCCGCCCUUGCCUGCCCACGCCAUUGCCCAGAUCGAGGCAGCUAAAAAGGAGGCAGAAGCUGCAGCCGCUUCUCCUCCUGCACCAGUGAACAAUUAUAUAUAAAUUUAGACAUCUGACUUUCUGUUCAAAAUUGUUGUAUAAGAACUGUGUCUAGAGGUUAGCUGUUUCAAGGCUCCUUCGACAUUUGAUAUUAAUUAUUGUUCAUGCUGAAUAAUUCUCAAAUUUCACUAAGUUUCCAAGCUGUCUUGAGUUUUCUGUCUGAAAGAUCAUAAGACUUAGAGAUGGAGGUCUGAGACUUUGCGGUGCCUUGGCUGCCUCGCAAGACUACAAGUCUGGUUUUCAACUAGCCGUUGGUCAUAUCACUAAUAUUUAACUGCUUUUAAUCCUUUUAUAUAAAAUACAAUUGCCUUCAGUCACGUACAUAGCAUUUAGCUGUUUUCAUUGUGGUAUAUAAGCUAUCUUCAACUGUCUUCAACCAGGCGAGGAGUCACAAUAACGUGACUGAAAAAUGUUGGCCCAACCACACACUAGAAAGUGAAGGGACGACGACGUUUCGGUCCGUCUUGGACCAUUCUCAAGUCGAUUGUGAGACUUGACACAAGAAUGGUCCAGGACGGACCGAAGCCUCGUCGUCCCUUCACUUUCUAGUGUGUGGUCUGGUCAACUGUCUUCAACCACCAAUUAUCAGCUUCCUGCGCCAUUAUGAUGCUUGAGAUCUCUGUCACUCUACGACUUCUUGCCUGCUUGCUCACCUGGAUUAUCUUACUAGUUACCUUCCAUGGUUGAUUGAGCCUCCGGCCGCCAGGGGCUUUGAGUGCAUAUAUAUGUUACUUAACUUUAAAUUAUAAUCGUUGUAUAUAUUAUGCAGUACUGAAUCAUUAAAUAAUAAUUAAAUGUACU